AUGGGGGGCGCUCCCGCGGGAGAGCCACGCGCAGAGGAGGGCACGCCUGCUUUGUCAACGCACGGCCGAGCUUCUCUUUUCCUCAAAGGUUUGCCACAAUGGCGGUCUCUUCUCCAGCUUCCUGCUUUUUGCUGCCUUCCGCCUUGUGCAGUUAUGAGCAUUCUCAUCGUCCUCCUCUUGGUCGUCAUCGCCCUGGCGGUCUUCGUCUACUACGUCAACACCAAGUUGGCGGAGCGAGACGCGCUGAAGAAGAAGCGCCCCGGCAAGCCCAGAAGGAAGGACAGAGAAUACUGGUCGCUGGAAUAA